AUGGAAAUUGAAUACGAACAAAACAUUGUACAAUAAUCACAGGAUCUUCAUAAAAAUACCUCAGUAAUACUUAGUAUUAUAUCUUUAGUAUUAUAAUUCUGGAUUACCUUUAUCUGAAGAUGCAAAAAGAAUAUUGAAUAGUCAAUAAUUGAUUACAUCUGGAGGCUCUCCAUAAUUAAUUCAAGAAAGAAUUAAAAGUCCAGAAAAACAAGUAAAAAGUAUAAUAAAAUAUAAAUUUAUGAAUGAUGGAAUGUGGAUGAAGUAAUUUUCCAUUUAAUGUUCUAGAAUAUUAAUAGAUAGAAAUGAUUAUCCAGAAAUCAAAGACACACCUAUUAUAGCAAUGAAUGCAUAAUUUUAAAAUGAUGGAUUUGAAUUUACAAUUAAUGUGAAUGAAUUAGUUGAAUAUGCUUUGAAAAUCCCUAGAACUAGAGAGAAAAUAGUACCUGAGAAAUCAAAAAUAUAUGAAAGAAAAAAUUAUAUCUACAUAGCUUUAUAUAAAGAAAAAGAAGGUGACUGGUGGUCAUUGAAAUACUGA